UGACGUCAGAUGUCCGUGUUUUAACGGAAAUACACAUGGAUUUUUCAUAUCAGUACACGUCACAAACAAGACUAUAUUUUGAAACACUCAUUCUAAAUUUCAGACCGGAACAGAAUAUUUUUGUGGAAAUGAGAUUAGGUUUAAAAUUCCAGCUAGUAACUGUGAUUACAAAUGUGAAGGUAAACCCUUUCUGCGGUGGCGACUGGCGGAUUUCUAUAUAUGACACUUGGUAUUGUGCCAAUGGACCUUGUCUAAACGGCGCCACAUGCGUGGAGAUAUUUACAAACGUUUACAGAUGUAUAUGCACUGACGAAUGGACAGGAACAUAUUGCGAAAACAAGAAACCGCAAACAACAGUGCAAUCGCUUUCAACAACAACAACAAAAAUAACCACUAGUACUGCUAUUUAUAAGAAAACCAGUACCGCCUCCGGAAAGUCGACUGAUGGUUCAAGCAGAGAAUACAGGACAAAUGUGACAGAUAGUACAUAUAUAAAUCCUACAGGUAGUAUUACGGUAUCUUUCAGUGUUGCGAUCUUGUUGUUUCGCUCUUUGAUUUUGAUUAAAACAAUGUACUCAAAUUUUAGACUUUCAGGAAAAUCAUUAGUGACAUGUCCAUACUUAAAAGGACGGAUUACACCAAACCGGAAGUGACUACUCAGUGUUACAUGUGAAGUAGUCCAAAAUGUAGUUCCAUGCUAUGGAUGAAAUCUGGUAUAAUGAGUGACAUGAGGAGGUGACAGUUACAUUUUGGCUUAUGUUUAUUGCUUAUAUACAACAUAACAUGUCAAUAUUUUUCUAUUUUUGAUAAGAAGACAUGUUAUACUAAAUGACCAUAUAUGGUUUUCAUAUCAUUGAAAUGCUCUAAAGUGCUUAAAAUGAGGUCUGAAUGUUUUGUUAUUAAUAUGAAAUAAAUAAGGAAUUGAAUUGG